CUUUGUUCAGCCCCCGAGUGCUCUGAGUGAAGCGAGGCGGCGGCUAGCGGCGGUCAAGUUGAUUCUUAAGCGAACUCAAGAUGACAGGCUCUAACGAGUUCAAGCUGAACCAGCCACCCGAGGACGGCAUCUCCUCGGUGAAGUUCAGCCCCAACACCUCCCAGUUCCUGCUGGUCUCGUCCUGGGAUACGUCGGUGCGCCUCUACGAUGUGCCGGCUAACUCCAUGCGGCUCAAGUACCAGCACACCGGCGCCGUCCUGGACUGCGCCUUCUACGACCCAACACAUGCCUGGAGCGGGGGAUUAGAUCAUCAAUUGAAAAUGCAUGAUUUGAACACUGAUCAAGAAAAUCUUGUUGGAACCCAUGAUGCCCCUAUCAGAUGUGUUGAAUACUGUCCAGAAGUGAAUGUGAUGGUUACUGGGAGUUGGGAUCAGACAGUGAAAUUGUGGGAUCCCAGAACGCCUUGUAACGCUGGGACCUUCUCUCAGCCUGAAAAGGUGUACACCCUCUCGGUGUCUGGGGACAGGCUGAUUGUGGGCACCGCGGGCCGCAGGGUGCUGGUGUGGGACCUGCGGAACAUGGGCUACGUGCAGCAGCGCCGGGAGUCCAGCCUCAAGUACCAGACUCGCUGCAUACGAGCUUUUCCAAACAAGCAGGGUUAUGUGUUGAGCUCUAUUGAAGGCCGAGUGGCGGUUGAGUACUUGGACCCAAGCCCUGAGGUGCAGAAGAAGAAGUAUGCCUUCAAGUGCCACAGGCUGAAGGAAAAUAACAUUGAGCAGAUCUACCCAGUCAAUGCCAUUUCCUUUCACAACAUCCACAAUACAUUUGCCACAGGUGGUUCUGAUGGAUUUGUGAAUAUUUGGGAUCCGUUUAACAAAAAGCGGCUGUGCCAGUUCCAUCGGUACCCCACCAGCAUCGCGUCACUCGCCUUCAGUAAUGAUGGGACUACACUUGCAAUAGCAUCAUCAUAUAUGUAUGAAAUGGAUGACACAGAGCAUCCUGAAGAUGGUAUCUUCAUUCGCCAAGUGACAGAUGCAGAAACAAAGCCCAAGUCCACCUAAUCAUCUCCUGAAAGUGGUUUCUCUAUGGAAAGAUUUGUUUUCCUUCCUACAAAUACAUUCUUAUUCACUAAGGGAUGCAUUAUAGUCAUUGUGGAUACGUUGCUUAGUAUGUGGAUAUCUCUGUUUUCUGUCUGACAAAACUUGUCUGCGCCCUUUCUUGCUGACUUUGUGUAGGAUGAGGAGUCUCGGUGUCCUUGUGCAGUAGUCAGAAGAAUUGUUUUUCUCCCAGCAAGCCCCGUUGCUUUUUCUGAGCAGCUUGAGCUCUUUUUGUAAAAUAAUCUGAACCUGUUAUGUCCACGCUGUCUAAUAAAUCAGAGAUUCAGAACCCUUAAAUGUUGGAUGUUUUCAAAUGUUGGUAAUUAAUGUAAUUUACUUUGUAAAAAGGCUUCUGUAGAGCAGAGCUCCCUUCAUCAAGGGCCUGGUGGGGAUGACAUUGUACCUUUAGGUCCACGCUGCCUCAUUUAAUUAUGUCUCUUCUGAUGUACGUUGGGAUUUAGUCCUGGAUAAAGUGAUCUGUUGGAGUUCUGCCAUUUCCCUCGUGCCCUCUUGCUGGAUCAGCAGGGCUCUUGAGCCGACUUAGCAGCUUUAUAGGAUGGGCGCAGACUGCAGGGCAGCUGACGGGCGCCCUUUGGCACGACUCUCCUGGAAGUGCUAGUGCAGUAGAGCUCGUGCCGCUCGCACGUCCUUGUGCUGAUGCAGCCAUCGUGCGCACACACAGAACCAAAUGACAGGCCCGUCUGUGCUUAUCCAUCAAACGUUAAAUCAGAGUGAAGCCCUUGGGAUGGUAAAUAAUGUAAUAGCCAGAGACUAACUGAUGGUAUUGGUUCUUCAGUGUGAUUAUGUGCUGCUUAAAGUCAUAACCACUUGGUUGAGGACAGAGCAUAAAUUUAAAAUGUUUAACUGAAAGAGAAUUAAUAUAGCAUCGUAAAAGGUGACUAAAUUAAAGCAAUGUUUCUGAUGUUGUGUGAGAGAGCUGGAUGUCCUCUUGUCUCCUGAAACCAAAUGCGUUUCCCCCUGCAUGUGUCUCCUUACCUCCCCUGUGGACCUCAUAACCAGCUCUCUUUCACAGUUCGUCCCAAACAACCCAGAUGCAAUAUCCUAGCGUUUUCAUUGGUUUCCUGUACCUAAUUUUUCUUCUCUAUUUUUAAGUGUCUCUCAGGUUUUUUUUUUUCCUUUUUUUCCCUACUGCUACUAUCCCAUUUAAAGGGCGCCCUCCGCCCAUCUGGAGGAGCGUAACAGCCUCCAGUCUCUGCCUUAAUUCCUCCGUAUUCUGGAACAGUGACUCUCAGACCUUUUAAGCUGCGACCGAAGUAUGAAACACAUUUAAAUUUUGGUUAAGGACACACAGUUCAAUACAGUAUGUAUAACAGAGAAAAGAUUUAUAAAACAUUAGUUGCCUUUUGUACAUGUGAUGUAGCUGCUUGCUUUUUUUCUUUUCUCUCUUUCUGUCUGUCUGUCUUUCUGUCUUUUCUUUCUUCUUUCUUUUUUUUCUUUCUUUCUUUCUAGAAAUGUUGGUUAUGGCCUCCUGACCUGAUUUUAUAACAGAUGCCUUGUCACCUCUAAUUUGAACAAACUGCUCUACACCACAUAGGACUUUUAAAAACUCUUGCUCUUCUUAUCAUGCUGUGCUUGGGACCCUCCCCGUUCCCCAGUGCUCACAGUGGCCCUUCCAUCACUUCUAAGAAGCUUCGUAUCCCCUGAGUGUUUUGCUAUGCACACACUUACAUCUUCAGGGAAAAAGGAUUCUUCUGGUCGGAGAAGACUAGAUCUCUUUGCUUAGUGGGAGAAGACUCAGUGCCCUUUGGCCUACUGAGAGCUCAGAGAACUCAGAAGGAAACAAUGCCUGUAACUUUGUUUAACCAGUUUUCCCCGAAUUGCUUUGACCCUGAGCCUCCGUCUUGCUAUGUCCCCUACCCCUGCUGCAUUUUUCACUUUUUACCAAGUCCUCUAAAACACCGGAAUUCUCUUGCUCCGAGUGCCAGGCUGUUCACGUUGCCGUCCCUCAGACACACACGUGGAGUCCCAAGGUCGCAGCCUGCUGAGGCGGUUUCUUUUUCGGACUUGUUCUUUCAGUUUUCAAUUGAAUCCUGCCAGGUACUGUUCAGGAUCCCCUUUUCCAUGAAGCCUGCUGUCCUGGCUCCAGUUCACAAAUGAGUGUGCUCUUCUUCCCUAUUCAGGUGAAGCAUCUCCUGUUGUCUGUCUUUGGCACUUAGCAGUACUGCCUGGAAUUUUAACAUUUUUACAUGUGCACAUUUUGUUCCCCUGCUUCGUUCUAGCGAGAGCAGGGACCACAUCUUUUUGUAUACUCCGAUACGUAAAUAUUGGGCCACUGUGAUGUUACUGAAUGUUAGAGACGGUCGCUUUUUAAAAAUA